AUGGACCACUUAUCUGCAGAGGAGAGGGCGUGUCUCACGUAUCUGGAAGAAACAAUCGAAGCGCUGGAGACGCAGGAGGACAGCGGCGUAUCGAAUGAUGAAUCACAUCAUGAGAAUCUGACAGAAAAAGCAGAUCAGAUGAGAGUAAAUGACAUUUCCACUUUGAUGCCUAAUGGCUCCAAAAGCGACCAGAAAUCAUUUCUAAGUGAUGAAGUGCCCACAGCACCACCUGCAUUCACAGCAUUAGCCAAAGAAGGAAAAACUCAGCUAAAUCAAAUCUCUGAACCACAAGACAGUCCUCUAAUCCCUGAAUCUUCUACUGAUACCAGAAUCCACUCAUCAGCUAUACAGACUGAGAUGUCAAGCUCAGCCACAAAUAAAGAUGCUGAUCCCGAGAGUGUCAAAAGUACAAUUGUUUGUCCAGGACCAUCUACUGACACCUCUGAGAUUGAUCUGAGUGUAAUUCCACCUCCCUUAAACUUUAGGGAUGAACCUGACUCUCCUUCACAGCCUGUGAAAGUAAAAGACCUUACUCCAUCUGUGGGAAUUUCCAGGAAAAAGCCGGGAAUAACCUUUGAUUUGGAGCAGAUUCGUCAGAGGGCCUCUGUCAAGAAAAAUUUGACAAGCCCUGUGACCAAGGUACCUCAAAUCAAACCUCCGCCUGAUGAGUCUCUCAGUCUGCUCACAAGUUCACAAAUUGUUGCUCCAGCGUCUCCUGAAAGUGCAGAGCCCAAAAGUCCACCUGUUGUGGCCCCAAAGCCUAAAAAGCUUCCCCCCAACAUUAUUCUGAAAUCUCACAAGAUGACUAACUCUGAUGGAAACUCAGCGCAUCCAGUGCUCAACAGCAGUGAACAGCGGCCAUUCUUGGAUCCUCACAAAGUUCGCAUGGAGGCUCUCAGAAAGCUCGGCCUGCUUAAAAGCAGUGAGGAAGAAUCGAUCCCAAACCAGAGCUCUAAACUUCCUCUCAAAACCAGAGUGUCUUGGGCAGCUUCAUCUUCUUCUUCUCCUCCAAUCAGCCCUGCAGCUCCAAAUGAACCACCAUCAUCACAGUCUCAUAACCUUACCCCUGCCUCUGUUACUGUCCAGCCUUUGAACCCUGGUGCUAUAUUACCAUCAAACACUUCUACUGCUCUUACAGUUCUGGAUCCUGAUAUUCUCCCAGCACCUGCUGAUUUCAGUGACUCCAUUGAGCUUUCUCCUUCAGAAAAUCAACCAUCUGCUGUCAAAGAUGCCACUUCUCUUAGCUAUCCUGGCCUGGUCAAGCAGCUGACACCGCCAAAGGUCAAAUCAGCCAGCCUCGGGCGCGCUGAGGUGGGUAUAAGCAGAUAUACAGCAGGUCAAGACUACAGUGAGGCCAGUCAGGGCACCAGCAUUAAUCAGAACCUCAACCAGCUGCGUAACCAUCGACCACGCCCCGCCUCUCUUGGGAGUAGGAAGGAGUUCUCAAGUGCUCAAGGAGAGGGUUUGGAGGCAGGGCCUUCCAUUACUAAAGAGCCAGCCUCAGAGAAGGCCUUGCCUGCCCACACUGCCUUGCAUCACUCCAGAGACACUCAGAAACUGCCUCGAUCACAAGGUAUCAGUGUGCUGAUCUGCCCUCGUUCAGAAAAUGAAGAGGACCGCCGUGGGGCCCUGAAGAAGCUCGGACUGCUAAGAGAUUGA